CCGAAACGUAUAAAAGCUCGGCAGUGGCGGCGAAGUGUGGCUUUCUCAGCCCCCGACGGUCGAAGUGUAUAUCGUUCCUCGGAAAUUCUGCCAUCAAAAUUUUACUUAGAUGGCGACUCCUAACCCGGUGGGCAGUGUAUACAGAUCCGUGGUAGAUGAUGUCAUAUCUAACGUACGGGAAGCUUUCCUUGAUGAGGGAGUAGAUGAACAAGUUCUACAGGAGCUGAAACAGCUGUGGGAAAGUAAGCUCACUCAGACUCGCGCUCUGGAUGCUGCACCAGAGCCACAGGAGCCGGUCUCCCUACCAGCCACCAUCCAGUACGCCCAAUUUACUCCCCAGCAGACUGCUAUUGCCCAGCCUGCAGUGAGACCUGCAGGGAUGCCCCACACUGUCCCGGUACCUGUACAGAUAGCUGCUGGCAGUCAUGGACAGGAGAUUAGCGCAUCAGCUGCCACAGCUGCCAUGGCCUUGCCUACUGGUCUGUUUCACCAACAGCUACAAACAUUGGCUGCUCAGGGCUUGACACUCCAUCCCACAGGUAAUGGUCAGUUUAUAAUCCAGGCCAUCAAUCAGGGUCAGGCUGGUCAGAUGACGACCCUUGCAGCAGCCCAACAGGUCGGAGGUCAACCCAUCACCACCAUCCCCACUGUUGUACAGACAACAUCUCGUCCACAGAAUCCUCAAAAUAUACUACAACUUGAUGGCGCCAAUGAUACAAGUUCCUCGGAAGAAGACGAAUUUGAAAAUGAUGAUGAUGAAGAAGAAAAUGAAGAUGAAAAUAAAGAUGAAGAUAAUGAUGAACCUGGAGAAGAAGAGGAACCGCUAAACUCGGAAGAUGAUGUCAGUGAUGAGGAUCCCAUAGAACUAUUUGAUACAGAGAAUGUUGUGGUGUGUCAGUAUGACAAGAUCAAUAGAAACAAAAACAAAUGGAAAUUUCAUCUCAAAGAUGGCAUUAUGAAUCUCAAUGGUAAAGACUAUGUGUUCCAAAAGGCAACCGGAGAUGCUGAGUGGUGAUCUGUGAAUCUCGUUAGAGGACUUGAGCAGCGCCAGACUUUCACGUCCUCGUUGUACACUGCCUCCCGCCCGGGGUGGUUAUAACUCCCACGGAGCUGUGCUCGCAUGUGGUGACUGCACAGUGAACGUUUGGGGGAUGCUGAGAAGGAGGUGACUAACACAGAGUGGUGAAGGCCAUUUGAAAGGUGCUAUAUGGGGAUGGAGGGAUGUCUUGUCAUACUGCUGCAAUACAGCUGUGUGUGUGUGACAAAAAGGCUCUUGAAACAGAUUUAGUUUUAACACCCUAAGGUACUGGUGACAGUUUUGUCAACGAUGAAUUAUUUACGGUUGUGUUAAACACAACUCAACUCCUGAGUUUUUCAAGAAAUGGAUGCUUUUAAUGUUCAUUUCAGCAACUUAGAAGUUGUUUUGGUGAAUUAUCUGUUCAACACCACAGAUUAUAUGCAUGUGCUUUUCUUCUGAUUUUAGAGGGAAAAGCUGAACUUGGUCAAUAAUGUUUGAAGAUUUUUUAUAAUAUGUAGUCCUAGUGUUUUGUGAUAUUUAUUGAUUGUUUCUUUUUUUUUAAAUAGAUACAUGUUUCAACCAAACUUCACAUACAUUUCCAUGUUACACUUUCUCAUUUUUCCAUGCAUAAACUUUUACAAAGACUUUCACAAAUUGCUAAAAUAAAAUGUUUUUUUAGUCAAGCAAUUUUCAGACACGUCAAAUUAAUCUCUGUAGUUUCAUUUCAAACUAGCGUUGCUUAAAUGUUCAUUUAAGCAUGUUGCUAAUAAUUCAACGGAGUUAACAUUUAAAAUUCAUAAAAUUGAAAGCAUUCUGCAUUAUUAAACAAUUAACUGUAAUUAUUUCCCUCGAGAUUGAUUUUGAUUGAGUUGUUUUAUAACUACUGGGAACCCGUUUGAAGGUUUAAAACCAAUUGCUUUUGUUCCCCCCCUACCCCCAAUUUUUUUUCUUCUGGUAUUUCUGUACUAAAUAGUUGAUUUUGAGGUUGACAUUUGGUAUUGAUAUAGUGUAUUAACUCUUUCAUUACCACUGAACUGUCUUUUAGUGUCAGCAGUUUCCUGGUAUUCACACUGAAAUGGAUAUCUGGUACAGAAAGACUUAAGUAGCAGAUAUGUAGUAUUGAUCCUACAAUAUAACUUUUUUUUUUCCUCAACAUUUUGAACUCUGUAGAUGGUGUAGCUAGAUGUACAAGUUUAUUAGCUCACCUGGCACGAAGUGCCAAGUGAGCUUAUGCCGUGGCGCGGCGUCCGUCGUCAAUAUUUUACU